AUGUGGCAGUGGACCGAAGGAAGCGAACGUUUCAGAAGUUUUCCUUCAGUACGAUUCUCAUUCGAUCAGCCCAAAUCAAUCAGUUGUAUAACCACGUCUGGCGGUCAAGGUGGCUACGUCUCAGAGUUCAACUUAUAUAACACCGGCGCGGAGAGUGGAAACAGAGAAUUCAUACAGACGAUCGAGGUUGAUACAAAAGACGUGACUCAACAGAAGACUGCUUGCUUGUCGUCUCCGCUGACGACUUCGGACUUGAUCAUCAUGCCAACUGGAGGAUCGAAGGACUUUUUCAUGCGCUUCUUGAUCUACCAACUGUAA